UAACCUUUUCCUCAUAACGGCUAUUAAUUAUUAACGCAGACCACCGAAUAGCCUUCUCCACAUAACUUCUAUCAAUUAUUAACGCUCACUCACGAGUUCAACACUUCCCUUAUAAACCUAAACCCCUUAUAAAUUUCUCCAGUUUAACCAUGCCAAGUUCUUUGUUGUGGUGGGCUGUGCGAGUUAUUCUUCUGCUUGUUGUUCUCGGCUUCUACAACCACCACAACCGUGUUGAAGAAGAAAACGAGGCACUGUCUAAAAGGGUGCAGCGGUUGGAGAUAGAAUUACAGAAACUUCAGGAACAAUGCAGUUCAAAGAAUACUCUGGAUAAUGCUGGGGUCCAAAACGAUUCGAGUGACAGUGACGUAGGAAACAUAGGGCACAAAGAGAAGGAAAAGGAGACGGAAGAUAAAAAGGAGGAAUCAAGAAAGACUGAACCAUCCACAGUCGGAAAUGAUUGGGAAUUCACCAAGAAACAUGUCCCCGAAAAAGAAACUGAGGAAACAAACAUUCUGGGUGUAAAGGAUCUGUAAAGACACUGGUGAAAAAAGAAAUUGCAAUCAAAUGCAUAUAAUAUGAUGAUUAACAGAUGUUUUCGCAUUCAACCAUCGUAUUGCGAUAAAAUUGUGUGACUUAUUGUCUUCUGUUUAAAAGGCAUUUUCACCAGACUCUGCCGCGAAGGCACAAAAUUACAUGCCUUGUACCCACCAUUCCUAGUUACCCCCACAGUAAAUUCUAAAACUGCUGAGGAGAAAGAAGGAAACUGCGUGAAGGUUAAAA